AUGACUUUAGAAGAAACUAAAAUUGGUGGAAGGCUUUAUUACUUUUCUGACGAAUGGUAUAAGCAAUUCACAAAUAACCCGGCCAAUCAUAUAAUUGAAAACGGUUAUUUUCCAACUUGGAACAAUGCCCGGUGUCCCCGGUUGCGAAAAGUUCGUAUUUCAAGCAGGAGAAGAAUUUAUUCAGACGAAUCUCGUGAAGAAAUAAAACGCCUUCUUUCAUCAGGAAUUAUUUCAAAUUUCCCUGUAUAUAAAAAAUGUUUCUUGUCUAAAUUUUUUUUUAAACCUAAGGACGAUGGGUCUCAAAGGCUAAUAGUCAAUCUAAAAAAAUUGAAUAAGCACAUAAGACCUCUAUACUCUCCCCCGAUGGAUAGAAUAAAGGAUGUGAUAUCUGUACUCAAUAGAGGAGAUUUAAUGUUCUCUAUCGACAUUAAAGAAGCAUUUCAUCAUAUACCAGUGCAUCCUGAUGCACGAAAAUAUUUUGUCUUUGAUUUUGAUGGAAGACGUUAUUGCUAUGAGUGCUUACCAUUUGGACUAAAAACUAGCCCUGCUGUAUUUUCCUUUAUUUUUCGGUUAGCUGUAAACUUGGCCAAAACUUCUGGAAUCCAUAUAUUUGUCUACCUUGAUGAAAUAUUAUUCAUUGCGGGAUCUUUACAGGAAGCAGUAGAACGUCGGAACUUUAUCAUUCAUAAACUAGAAUUAUUGGGCUUUGUCUUAAACUAUGACAAGUCACAUAUAAAUCCAAGCACAGAGAUAAAACACUUGGGAUUUAUUAUAGAUUCACACAAUAUGCGUGUUUAUGUCCCCGAAGAGAAAGUGGAUAAAUUAAUGGCAGAAUGUGAAAAUUUUUACGAGUUAAUUAAAAAGAAGAGAGCACGCAAACGCGAGUUACUGUCGAUAGUAGGAAAAAUUAGGUCUAUUUAUAUUGCAUUUUCACCCGCACUCAAAUAUGCCCGAAAAUUGAACGCGCUUUUUUAUCGGCGCGGGUAUUCGCAUAUCAGAAAGACAAGAAAAAUUCUAUAUCUAUUAUCUUCAUUAAUAUACACGUUAAAGCGGAAAAAUUGGCGUUCCAUACGUCAAAUAAACGCAGAUGAACGUAUUUAA